UUCCCAUUAUCUCAGAGCUCAGAGGGGAAGGUGUGAGCAUCCACUCUGGUGUCUGCGCUGAAGAUGGAGAGAUGUCUGUCGUUCCUCUCUCUCUCCUCCCUGCUCCUGCUCUGUAUAGCCAGCAGGGAGGAUGUGAGGCUGGUGAAUGGUGGCAGCCCCUGUGCUGGGAGAGUGGAGGUUUACCAUCAGGGAGAGUGGGGGACAGUGUGUGAUGAUCGCUGGGAUAUGAGUGAUGCUGGGGUGGUGUGCAGACAGCUGGGCUGUGGAGAUGCUGUAGAUGCACUAGGAGAGGCUCACUUUGGACCAGGGUCUGGGCGAAUAUGGAUGGCUUAUGUGUACUGCAGUGGAUCAGAAUCCUCACUGAAGCAGUGUGGAUCAGAAGGAUGGGGUAAACAUUCCUGUAAUCAUGGAGAGGACGCUGGAGUGAUCUGCUCAGAGGUCAGGCUGGUGGGCGGGACUGACCUGUGCUCUGGGAGAGUAGAGGUGCAUCAUGGGAGCUCCUGGGGCACGGUGUGUGAUGCUGACUUUGACCAGCAGGACGCAGAGGUUUUUUGCAGGGAGCUGGGCUGUGGGGCUCCUAAAGAGCUGCGCGGGGCAGCUGUAUUCGGCCAGGGCGAGGGCCAGGUGUGGGCAGAGGAGAUUCAGUGUAGAGGCAACGAAUCUCAGAUUAAUUUCUGCCCCACAGCACCCUCACAGAAUCAAUCCUGCUCCCAUGGAAACGAUGUGGGCCUGGUGUGUUCUGGCAGGGAGGAUGUGAGGCUGGUGAAUGGUGGCAGCCCCUGUGCUGGGAGAGUGGAGGUUUACCAUCGGGGAGAGUGGGGGACAGUGUGUGAUGUUGGCUGGGACCUGAAGGAUGCUGGGGUGGUGUGCAGACAGCUGGGCUGUGGAGAUGCUGUAGAUGCACUAGGAGAGGGUCACUUUGGACCAGGGUCUGGGAGAAUAUGGAUGAUUUAUGUGUUCUGCAAUGGAUCAGAAUCCUCACUGAAGCAGUGUGGAUCAGCAGGAUGGGGUGAAAAUCUCUGUGAUCAUGGAGAGGAUGCUGGAGUGAUCUGCUCAGAUGUCAGGCUGGUGGGCGAGACUGACCUGUGCUCUGGGAGAGUAGAGGUGCAUCAUGGGAGCUCCUGGGGCACGGUGUGUGAUGCAAACUUUGACCAGCAGGAUGCAGAGGUUGUGUGCAGGGAGCUGGGCUGUGGGGCCCCUAAAGAGCUGCGUGGGGCAGCUGCAUUUGGCCAGGGCGAGGGCCAGGUGUGGACAGAGGAGAUUCAGUGUAGAGGCAACGAAUCUCAGAUUAAUUUCUGCCCCACAGCACCCUCACAGAAUCAAUCCUGCUCCCAUGGAAACGAUGUGGGCCUGGUGUGUUCUGGCAGGGAGGAUGUGAGGCUGGUGAAUGGUAGCAGCCCCUGUGCUGGGAGAGUGGAGGUUUACCAUCGGGGAGAGUGGGGGACAGUGUGUGAUAAAUGGUGGGACAUGAGUGAUGCUGGGGUGGUGUGCAGACAGCUGGGCUGUGGAGAUGCUGUAGAUGCACUCGGAGAGGGUCACUUUGGACCAGGGUCUGGGAGAAUAUGGAUGGCUUAUGUGUCCUGCAGUGGAUCAGAAUCCUCACUGAAGCAGUGUGGGUCACCAGGAUGGGGUAAACAUCGCUGUGAUCAUGGAGAGGACGCUGGAGUGAUCUGCUCAGAGGUCAGGCUGGUGGGCGAGACUGACCUGUGCUCUGGGAGAGUAGAGGUGCAUCAUGGGAGCUCCUGGGGCACGGUGUGUGAUGCUGACUUUGACCAGCAGGACGCAGAGGUUGUGUGCAGGGAGCUGGGCUGUGGGGCUCCUAAAGAGCUGCGCGGGGCAGCUGCAUUCGGCCAGGGCGAGGGCCAGGUGUGGGCAGAGGAGAUUCAGUGUAGAGGCAACGAAUCUCAGAUUAACUUCUGCCCCACAGCACCCUCACGGAAUCAAUCCUGUUCCCAUGGAAACGAUGUGGGCAUGGUGUGUUCUGGCAGGGAGGAUGUGAGGCUGGUGAAUGGUAGCAGUCCCUGUGCUGGGAGAGUGGAGGUUUACCAUCAGGGAGAGUGGGGGACAGUGUGUGGCCGUGGCUGGGACAUGAGGGAUGCUGGAGUGGUGUGCAGACAGCUGGGCUGUGGAGAUGCUGUAGAUGCACUGAGAGAGGGUCACUUUGGACCAGGGUCUGGGAGAAUAUGGAUGGAUGAUGUGAUCUGCAGUGGAUCAGAAUCCAUACUGAAGCAGUGUGCGUCACGAGGAUGGGGUAAACAUUCCUGUAAUCAUCGAGAGGAUGCUGGAGUGAUCUGCUCAGCCCAUCGAAAGGUCAGGCUGGUGGGCGGGACUGACCUGUGCUCUGGGAGAGUAGAGGUGCAUCAUGGGAGCUCCUGGGACACGGUGUGUGAUGCUGACUUUGACCAGCGGGACGCAGAGGUUGUGUGCAGGGAGCUGGGCUGUGGGGCUCUUAAAGAGCUGCGUGGGGCAGCUGCAUUUGGCCAGGGCGACGCCCAGGUGUGGGCAGAGGAGAUUCAGUGUAGAGGCAACGAAUCUCAGAUUUACUUCUGCCCCACAGCACCCUCACAGAACAAACCCUGCUCCCAUGGAAACGAUGUGGGCCUGAUGUGUUCUGUCCCGCCCCCACCUGGAGCCUGAGGGGGAGAAGUGUGACAUCAGAGCAGCGACUCCAUCACUGCAGGCAAACUGGUGUUUGAUCUGUGUGCUGCUCAUUAAAUGGGACUCCAAAUGUCUCCUGUCUCUGUUCACUCUCAAUCUCCCACUUCCCUUCCAUCUAUCCAUCUAAAAAAGUAUUAUAUUUUAAUUGAACAUAUAUCUUUCAAUAUAAACUUCAAUAUAAACCCGACAGCAUUUUUGCUAAUUAUAUUUUUAUAAAAUACUGUCUCUCAAAGGCUGUAUAAUUCAGUAUGUUGAAUCCAAAUAUCUACAAAUAUCGAGUAUAAAAAGUAAAAUAUACAUUUUUGUGAAUUAAAAUAUGUUGGGGGUUGGGUUGCCCUCUUGGAAGCAAAUCCUGUUGGUAGCCUCCAGCGUCAGGGUUACUGUUAACUUGGCUGUAAGUAUAAAUGUAAUCCAGGUAAUAUUUUGGGUGUAUUUUUGUCUGGAGAAAAAUAAAGGAGUAGCUAGUUGGCAAGCUAAGUAUUACAA